AAAGCUUUCUCCUCAUCAUAGGUCUCUGCUGUUUCCUCUGACCUCACCAACCAACCAUGUCAUCAGAAUCGAGCAAAAAACGAAAGCCCAAAGUGAUACGGAGUGAUGGAGCUCCAGCUGAAGGGAAGCGUAAUCGUUCUGACACUGAGCAGGAAGGUAAAUACUACAGCGAGGAAGCUGAAGUGGACCGGCGGGACCCUGGCAAAGACUAUGAGCUGUACAAGUACACUUGCCAGGAGUUGCAGAGGCUCAUGGCCGAGAUCCAGGACGUGAAGAGCAGGGGAGGCAAGGAUGUGGCAGUUGAGAUUGAAGAACGCAAGAUCCAGAGCUGUGUGCAUUUCAUGACUCUAAAGAAGCUUAACCGGUUAGCGCACAUCAGGCUGAAGAAAGGGAGAGACCAGACCCACGAGGCCAAGCUGAAAGUAGACGCCUACCACCUCCAGCUCCAGAACCUGUUGUACGAGGUGAUGCACUUACAGAAGGAGAUCACCAAAUGUCUGGAGUUUAAGUCAAAGCAUGAAGAAAUUGAUCUGGUCAGUUUAGAGGAAUUUUAUAGGGAGGCUCCUCCAGAUAUCAGCAAGGCUGAAAUCACCAUGGGGGACCCUCACCAGCAAACUCUUGCACGUCUGGACUGGGAGCUGGAGCAGCGGAAAAGGCUGGCAGAGAAGUACCAAGAAUGCCUGUCCAGCAAGGAGAAGAUCCUCAAGGAGAUAGAGGUGAAGAAGGAGUAUCUGAGCAGCCUCCAGCCUCGUCUCAACAGCAUCAUGCAGGCUUCCCUCCCAGUGCAAGAGUAUCUGUUCAUGCCGUUCGACCAGGCUCACAAGCAAUAUGAGACAGCCAGACACCUGCCACCUCCCCUCUAUGUCCUCUUUGUCCAGGCCACUGCAUAUGGGCAGGCCUGUGCUCAUAUGAAAUCCUCCCAGCCCCCUAGACAGGAUAAGAUGUUGUCUGUGGCGAUUGAAGGCAGUGUGGACGAAGCCAAGGCUCUAUUUAAGCCUCCCGAGGACUCCCAAGAUGACGAGAGCGACUCGGAUGCUGAGGAGGAGCAGACCACGAAACGUCGGCGACCCACACUGGGAGUUCAGUUGGAUGACAAGCGCAAGGAGAUGCUGAAGAGGCAUCCGCUGUCUGUCAUGCUGGACGUGAAGUGCAAAGAUGACAGUGUGCUUCACCUGACUUUCUACUACCUCAUGAACCUCAACAUCAUGACAGUAAAAGCCAAAGUGACAACCACUGCAGAGCUGAUCACCCCCAUCAGUGCAGGUGACUUGCUGUCCCCUGACUCAGUCCUGAGCUGUUUGUAUCCUGGGGAUCAUGGAAAGAAAACUCCGAAUCCAGCCAAUCAGUAUCAGUUUGAUAAAGUCGGCAUCCUAACUUUGAGAGAUUACGUACUUGACCUGGGUCACCCCUAUUUGUGGGUUCAGAAGCUGGGUGGCCUCCACUUCCCCAAAGAGCAGCCCCAGCACGUGGUGAUUGCUGACCACUCGAUGAGCGCCAGCCACAUGGAGACCACCAUGAAACUGCUGAAGACCAGAGUGCAGUCCCGCCUGGCCCUCCACAAACAGUUUGCAUCCCUGGAACAUGGCUUUGUGCCAGUUGCCAGCGAUUGCCAGUACCUCUUCCCUGCAAAGGUUGUCUCUCGCCUGGUGAAGUGGGUGACAAUUGCCCAUGAGGAUUACAUGGAGCUGCAUUUCACCAAAGACAUUGUGGAGGCGGGACUGGCUGGGGACACCAACCUCUACUAUAUGGCACUCGUGGAAAGGGGCACAGCCAAACUCCAAGCUGCUGUGGUGCUGAACCCUGGCUACUCCUCCAUCCCACCUGUUUUCCAGCUCUGUCUGAACUGGAAAGGGGAGAAGACCAACAGCAACGAUGACAACAUUCGGGCCAUGGAGAGUGAGGUCAACGUGUGCUACAAGGAGCUGUGUGGUCCCCGGCCCGGCCAUCAGCUCCUGACCAACCAGCUGCAGCGCCUGUGCGUGCUGCUAGAUGUCUACCUGGAGACCGAGAGCCACGAUGACAGCGUGGAGGGGCCCAAGGAGUUUCCCCAGGAGAAGAUGUGCCUGCGGCUUUUCAGGGGUCCCAGCAGGAUGAAGCCGUUUAAAUAUAACCAUCCCCAAGGAUUCUUCAGCCAUCGCUGACCUCCCACUCGGCCUUGUAAUUUCCCCCUCGGCACUAAGUGCUGCACCUCUGUUUUCUGCUCUGGCCCACAUGAUAUUCUCCAAAGACAGUCUUUUUAUUUCUAGCCUAUUAAAGUGUCACCUGACCAGGUGGCCUUUGUCUUAUGGCUCCUUGGGGAAAAGAGUGGCUUGGCAGUCUAGAAGUGCAGGUGGGGGCCAUGGCAUAGUGUGAAGGAGCGUUUGUGGACAGGCUUUUCUCUAGGUGGCCAAGAAAAACAGUGCAGAAGGUUCUGAUGCUGCCCUCCGGUCCACACUCACUUUACUUGUUCCUGCUUUGGGAGGUUCUCAUUAUCUUGGUGUUUAUUAUCCUAAGUCCCUGCUGUUGGGACGCGGCAGGGGAAGCAUGAACAAACGCUUCUCUUUCCCUUCCUCUCACUCUUCCUACUAGUCGUGUCAGUAUCUUGGGUGGCCACAUUCUCAGUGCUUGUCGGAUGUCACCAGCAUCUGACAGCGCAAAGCAAAUAGAAGACAAAUACAACACAAAGAAUAAUUGAAAGUCUUGCUGAAUUUCAUGAGGUCGAUGAGAGUGAUAUUGGAGAAUCACAUGGAGCUACUGUCCAUGAAGAUCUGGCAGGGUAAGACCAGGUGACAUCUGAGACCUCAUGGUGAUGACAUAAUGGAUGUCUCAAAGGAUUAAGAGAAAGCCUGGGAAAUAGGUAACACCUUCUAAAAUGAUUGCAAAAUGACCUCCUUUAUAAUUCUGUAAAAGUCAAAAUGAAGGAGGACAUAAAGUUUUCUUAGACAGUUUUGUGAGAAAAAUUACACCCCAUCCCCAUCCCCCCAAAAGAAGUCAGUACCAUUAUUCAUUGUAAGAAAUCAGGUAUAAAAAUGUAAAAAUACUGAAUUAGUACAUAGUUGCAAGUAUAAUCUGAAGUUUGCUAACUUCAAAGUGAAAUUUUGUUUUUCCAGCUUUAUUGAGAUACAAUUGACAUGUAACAUGUAAGUUUAAGGUGAACAAUGUGAUAAUUGCAAAAUGAUUCGCACAGUAAGGUUAGUUAAUACAUCCACCACCUGGGAUAUUUUUUGGAGGAGGGGAAAGAACUUUUAAGAUGUACUCUUACAGCAACUUUCAAUAUACAAACAUUUUAUUUUUUAUGGUAGUCCCAAUCAAAUGUAUCUUUCUUCCAUAAAAUGUUUUGUAGUUUGGUCUCCAAUAUAUGUGUAUUCACUGUAAGUGGACUUUCACUGAUUAUCCUUGGAUAACAUGUACCUCUAGUAUAAAAGGUGUUUCCUUCUGUCCUCUUAGCUCUCUGCUGAGCACCUCAGUGACAAGGAUAUUCUGAGAAAGAACUAGGGGACUCCUGGCCCUGCCAGGGCCCUUCAUUUUACAGUAGAAGCCUGAGCCCAGUAAAAAAGGGAGAAGGGCACCUCUGGUAGCUGUUUAGAUGACUGCCACUAUCUGUUCCUCGGCCUACAGCAUUCCUUUGAAUUCCAGAGGUAGAGACUCUCCAGCCUGGGGGUCCUGGAACUUCAGUGUGUAUGAGAGUCACGCAUCCUGGAGUGGAUUAGAAACACAGGUUCCCACGCCCCACUCUAAUAUUCGGGCUCAGUAGACCUAACGUGGACCAAGGAAGCAUAUUUUUAACAGGCUCCCCAGGUGCACAUUGCCCUAGUCUCUUUGGAAGUCUCUCCUUUCUUCCUUUCCCUCAUUUUUCCUUGGUGACUCCUCAAACAACGCAGGAUGGCCGGCUCCCCCUCUUCUGUCUUUUGCACCUUGGGCAGCAGCAUAAACCUCUGGGUGCUUCUUUCUCUGCACUUAGUGAAACCUCCUUUGUCUUUUCCCUGACCUGCUUGCCUGGGAUUCUGUCCGUGCUAGCAUCCCCUUGGUCUGGCCACCUUCAGACCUUGCAUCUCACUGCCUGUGCUGAGUUAAGAUUGAAAUGGAGCCUAAAAAUAGUUUGUUUAAUGGCCUCUGCAUUGCAUUCUGUUCUUGGCUGGAAGGCGGCCAACCUGACUCAGCAUAAAAGCCUGUCUCUUGCUAGCUGGGACAAGGUUGCAAAGAGGGCUUGAGAGGGCUGGGAGGAGGCUCUCUUUCCUGGACAGAGGAUGUCAGAGCCCAUCACUUUCCAGAAGAGAUUUUUCCCUCUUCAAAGGAGCAGGCCCAACAAGAGUCCUUUGGUCUUAAGGAGAAGGGUUUUAAUCUAGUGAGAAGCCCAGGACAAUUCAAUCCCUUUGAACUACUAACGGUAAUUUGGGGCUUGGGUGAGCAGAUUAGGGACAAGGAACCUAGUUUGGGAGGGCUUUGAAACUUCCUCCCCAGCCAGAAUUGGCGUUGGCCUUCCCUGGGGCACAUCCCAGAGAGCAGCCCCUUUCUGUCAUCCCACACUUGGGACUCAGUCUAGGUUCCUUGUCUUUUAAAAGCUACCACCCCUAUUCUUGGUUUGUUUGUUUGUUCUAGAUUUCUUUGUGUCUCUCCUUAAUUUUCUUCCCAGCUUGUUCUUCCCUCUCCUGUUUCCUCUAUAAAUAAAUCCGAAAGACCUUUUUUUAUUUUAAGGGUGUUCCCACUGAUCACUCUGGGGAAACAAAGCUAAAAGCCUUAACUGUGGGAGGGAGCACAGCUGCCACACUUCCGAAGGAACUUUCCCCCCAACUCUGUCCUCUCGGUGGUGUUCAGCAGCCUCUCUGUUAAGAACAGUUGCUUAAGCGUCUGUUUUGGGUCAGGCCCUGUGCUAAUCAUGACUUUACAUUCACUGUCCUACUUAAUUACAACUGGGGCCACUAAGGGUAUAUACAUUUCCUUCAAUUUAGAAGAUGAGAAAGCUGAGGUCCAGAGGAUUAAAUGAUAGCUGUGCUCACAGGGCUCUUGAGCUGCUGCCCAGCAAGGUGUGUCUGCCUCCAGGGCUUUCCUUUUCACAAGAGGAACUUAGGGCUCAAAAUAGCUUCGGGCUGGCACUCUUGCUGGACCAUUCAUUAUUCAUCUCAGUAACAGAAAUUCACCAAGAGUACUAUGGUGGUCAAGAGUUACAGCUUAGUGUCAGACUGACCCAUCUGGGUCCUUGUGACCCUGGGCAGGUUGCUUAACUAACUCUUAAGUCUCAGGGGUUCUCAUCUGCAGUUGGGAGUAGCAGAUCUUCCUGUUGGUGAUAAUGGAGAUUAAGUAUCCACUCUCAGCACCACGCCUGUUAGCACUGCUCAGCGAAGGGGAGAGAUUCUCAUUGCUGUCCUCCAGGUUUUAGCCGGGAGAAAGGGCCUCUUUUUUUUUUUUUGGUAUCAUUCAUUUACAGUUACAUGAAGAACACUGUUUACUAGACUCCUCCAUCACCAAGUUACCCCCACAUACCCCAUCACAGUCACUGUCCGUCAGCGUAGUAAGAUGCUAUAGAAUCACUACUUGUCGUCUUUCUGUUGCACGGCCCUCCCUGUGUUCCCCCUCCCCCACAUUAUACAUGCUAAUCUUAAUACCCCCAGAAAGGGCCUCUUGAGUGAGAAGUUUCCCAGGCUCCAGAAGCCCAGCUCUCUGGGCCUGUCCCUCCUUGCCAGCAGCAUGUCCACCAGUCAGUGGCUAGGCCAUGGUUGGAGCCAGGCUCACAUUACCCAUUACUUACACUAGGCCAACCGCAGACUCUAAGCCACAUAUCUGUUCCCUGCUGUCUGUGGGCCUGUGUCCUUGUCCACAGAAGAGGGUCACCUUGACUUCCUAAGCUCUCACCACAUCCUGUACCGACUUGGCUUUCUGACUACCUCUGCAGAUGACCUAAGAUGGGAAAGGAAACUCCAGUACUUCCCCCUGGGCCACUGGAGGACCCUCAGUACAUUGUGGAAUGAAUGAAUGGAUGAAGAUACAAAAUAUUUCAAAGAUGAACUCAGUCUAACAAGUUGAAAUGCCAAGUCAUACAUGAAGGUCUAAAAACCAACCACUCAUCCAUGUGUGGGAUGUAGCAGCAGCUUGAGCGAAGAUAUGUGGUAGUUUUAGGGAACAACUGUUUAAAAUGCCUAAUGGGCCCUUGCCCUGGCAAUGCAGAGAACUAGCAGAUACUGUGAAAUUCUAUUCCAUUUCUUAUUCUAAAGGAUCAUACAUAUUCCACAGGACCAGUACAAUAUUUAUUUCCCACUGUAUCCAGAAGAACUUACAGGCUGGGUGUUUUAUGUUUUCCUGAUUUCACACAUGUUGUUUUCUUAUUAAAAUUAGAUCAUAGUGUACAAACAUUUUAAAUAUAAUUUUUAGAAUAAUAUGUUCACAAGGUUCAGAAACCAGAAAACCUGAGAAGUGAAAGUAUGGUGAGAAUUUUUACUGCCAAUCUUAUCCUCCACUGCCCAGUCCCAUUCUCCUUCACAAAUAGGCAAUCAAGUUGCUUAGUCUCCUUUUAAUUCAAAAUUUUUAAGCAAACAAAAAUUAUUUUUCCAUUUUUUUCACACACAUAUACUAUACACAUUCUGCAUCUUCUUUCACAUCCUGGACACCAUUCCAUAUCAGUAUGGAGGUGUGAGAAGCACCCACAUUCUCUUUUUUUAUAACUAUAGUAUUCCAUUGAAUGGAUGUAUCAUGAUUUAUUUAAUUAGUCUUAUUAAUGGACAUUUGGGUACCACUCUUUGCUUUAGUGAAUAGCCUGUGCACAGGGUCAUUUCACACAUAUGCUAAUACAUCUGGUAGGUUAAAUUUUCAAAAAUAGAAAUACCAAGCAGAGGAUAUAUAUAUUCAUAAUUUUGAGGAACACUUGGGUGUUGUUUUUUUAAUCAAAAAUGUAUGUAUUGACCCAGGUAACUUAAGAAGUCCAGCAAAGCUUCCCUGCACCAAUAGCUCCUACAGUAGUAUUGGAAUUGGCUCUCACUGGAUGGAUUUGUAUCACAUGUGACUCUCUGAACUAAUUCAGAGCUGGGAGGAUAGCCUAUGAUCAUCAAUGCCUGGAACGUGUGAGCAUCUCUGGACCCUGGGAACAUGGGGUCACCCAAACCACGUGGCUUAUAAUUAGUUUCUGUGGCUGCUGGAACAAAUUACCACAAAUUUGGUGACUUAAUACAAAUUUAUUAUAUCUCUUACUAGAUGAGAAGUGCAAAAUCAGUUUCACUGCUCUAAAGUCAAGAUUUUGGCAGGACUGGUUCCUUCUAGAGGCUCUAGGACAGAAUCUAUUUCCUUGCUUUUUCCAGCUUCAGGGGAGGCUACUCCUGUUUUCCUUGACUUAUCAUCCCUUCCUGCAUCUUGAAAGUGCAUCACUCCAAUCUCUGCUUCCAUCAUCACACCACUUUCUCCUCUGACUGAUUCUUCCCUUUAAUAUGGAGACUUGUGAUAGUGGAACUGUCUGGAUAACCCAGGAUCAUUUCCCCAGCUCAAAAUCCUUAAUCACAUUGGCAAAGUCCCUUAUGCCAUAUGCAGUGCAGUAAUAUUCACAGGUUGCAGGGAUUAGGACAUGGACAUCUCUGGGGGACAACUUUAGCCUGAGAGUGGGGGUGUGUUUUCUCUGUCAGAAAGAGAAUGGAAGCUGGAAAGCCAAAAGCCAAUAAAGACUCACUAGAAUGGAACAUAUAACAAAUUUUAUUAUGUAACCAUUUAUGUUUUAUUCUUCAAUAUUUGUUUUUCUACUAGACUGCAUGCUCCAGAAAAGGCAAAACACUCUUCUAUUUUGCUCACCUCUACACACCCAGGACCUGAGUUCACAGGGUUGGUACAUAAUUAGAAACCAAGAAGUAUUUCUUGAGUGAAUUAGUGCAUGAGGCUUAUCAUCUGUUAGGAGAAAAUUAAGGUAAAACGUUAAAUUUAAUGAGUAAACUCAUAUUUGGGAUAGCAAAAAAGGCAGAAAAUCAUUCUAAUAAUUAUGAAUGUACUAUAUAAAGCAGACAUUUGUAUAUGACUGUUAAAGAAUCUCCAGGCUUUAGCAAAAAGCAUGGCAUCAACUAAAACACUGCCCUCCCCACAUCUCCCUCAACCUGCAGGAUAGACUAUUACCAGAAAGAAGCCAGACACCAGAGGUCACUUAUGAUUCCACUAUGUUGAAAUACCCAUAAUACAUUAAUCCAUACAGACAGAAAACAUACACAGAUAGUGGUUUCCAGAGGCUGGGAGAAAAGGGGAAUGGGAGAUUGCUUAAUAAGUAAGGGGUAAUCUUUUUGGAGUAAUGAGAAAGUUCUGGAACUAGAUAGUAGUAAUGGUUGCAUGACAUUGUGAAUGUACUAAAUAUAAAAGUCACCGAUCAUGGUGUAUAAUCUUUUCAAUAUGCUGUUGGGUUGCAUUUGCCUAGUAUUUUACUGAGGACUUUUGCAUCUGUAAUCAUGAGGGAUAUUAGUCUGUAGUUUUGUUGUGAUUCUUUUUCCAGCUUUGGCAUUAGGGUAAUACAGGCCUCCAAGAAUUCUCCUUUCUUUUCUAUUUUUUGAAAGUUUGAGAAAUAUUGGUGUUAAUUCUUCUCUAAAUAUUUGGUAGAAUUUACAAGUGAAGUCAUGUAGGCCUGAACUUUUCUUUGUGGGUAGGUUUUGAAUUAUUAACUUAAUUUCUAUUUAUACUAGGUCUAUUUAGAUUUUCUAUUUCUUCUUAAGCCAAUUUCAGUAGUUUUUGUCCUUUUAGGAAUUUUCUACUUAUCUAAUUAGUAGGCAUAUAGUUGUUCACAGUAUUCCCUUAAAAUCCUUUUUAUUUCUGUAUUAAUGUUUCCUUUUUCAUUCCUGAUUUUAGCAAUUUGAGUCUUCUCUUUUUCUUUAUCAGUCUAGCUUAAGGUUUGUCAAUUUGGUUGAUCUUUCGAAGAACCAAUUUUUAAUUUCAUUGAUUUUUCUCUUAUUUUUCUAUUCUCUACUUCAUUAAUUUCCACUCCAAUCCUGCUUUGGACUUACUUUGCUCUUUUUGCUUUGUUUUAAGUUGGAAAGUUAGGUAAUUGAUUUGAGAUCUUUCCUCUUUUUAAAUGUAGGCAUUUACAGCUAUGAAUUUCCCUCUCAGCAUUGCUUUAGCUACAUUCCAUAAGUUUUCUUAUGUUAUAUCCUCAUUUUCAUUCACCUUGAAGUAUUUUCUAAUUUCCCCAGUGGUUUGUUCUUUGACCCUUUGGUUAUUUAGGAGUAUGUUAUUUAAUUUCCACAUAUUUAUGACUUUCCCAAAUUUCCUUCUGUUUUUUUUUCUAAUAUUAUUCCAUCAUAACUGGAGAACAUACUUUGUCCAAUUUCAAUCCUUUUAAACUUAUUGAGGAUUGUUUUAUGUCUUUUUGGGGGGGUGCUUAAACAGCAUAAAUUUAUUUUUGCAUAGCUCUGGAGGCAGAAUGGCCCAGAUCAAUGUCCAGCGGGGUCGGUUUCUCAUGAGGACUCUUACUGGCUUGUGGAUGGCCAUCUUCCCACUGGGCAUGGCAGGAGCUUUCUUGCUGUUUUAUGUCCUUUCUCUUUUUUUUAUUUUGGUAUCAUUAAUAUACAAUCACAUGAGCAACAUUAUGGUUACUAGAUUUCCCCCAUUAUCAAGUCCCCACCACAUUUGUUUUAUGUUUUAACAUGUUCUAUCUUAAAGAAUAUUCCACAUGCAUUUGAGAAGACUAUGCAUUCUACUGUUAUUACAUGGAGUUUCUAUAGAUGUCUGUUAGAUCUUAUUGAUAAAAAUUACUUUUAAAAUUAAAAGCUAGUUUUCUUUUUUUUUUGCGAUAAUAUGUUUACUAAUAUAGAUGUAAUAUAAUUUAUUUAACCAAUCUCCUAUUAUUGUAUAUUCAGGAUAUUUUCCAUUUUUCCAAAAUAUAAAUAAAGCUGAGUGAACAUA